AGAAGUUUCUAUUCAGCUUUACUCUGUUUCGUUUUUGGGUGGAGAAUUUCAGUCAAGCCGACAAAAAGAUACAUAUAUAUGCAUAUAUAUAUUUUUUCUUUUAAUAUAUUUUAGUUGUAACUAGUUACGGUGAUCCUUACCGAACAACUGCCAAAAUUUCGCCCCUCACGAAAAUAACUCGAGCGCAAGAUAAUUCUUGUGGCUUACGCGAAAAUUUCUUUUAUCAUCUGAUCAGGAAGACCCUGAGGUAACAGAAGACAAACAAGACAUCCAAGACGACAGUAAUAUGUCUGAUGCAGUCCGUUUAAGCGCACCCGAUAUGCACAAAGACUAUGCAGUAAGAAGGUGAGUGAAGCAAAUCAAGACGCUGUUUAAAUGAACUUAAAAAGUUGUAGCAUAAUAGUUCCAGUCCCCUUUUAUCAUUUACACCUCCCUUGUCCAUAUGUUUUUUUUUUAGGUAUUAUUUUCCCCGUCUCUGGCUCCUCAUGCAGUUAUGGAAAUGAGCGUUUUUUUAAUUAACAGAAAUUACUGAGAUACACGCAAAAAAAGGGGACUUUUCAACAUAGUUUAACACUAUGAACUCACCUGCCUCACCCCCACAGCUCCUUCCUUCAUGCAAUAUUCAUUGAAUCAUGGGAAAUAUUCUGAACAAUUAUUUCGUUUCAACACGUUUGUAGGGGGAGAGGAGAGAAGAAAAGGAGCGUUUUAAAUUCUUAUAAAGGGACAGUUCAGUUAUACUUAAACGAACGUUUCCUCUGAGGGCUAUUUGGGCGAGUUUAUGAAGGCAAUAGUGUCCAAAGAACUUAGUACACAUAAAAAAGCCGAAACCCGUGAAAACCAUCAACGUUUGCCGGGUUUCACGAUUACAUCCGAUUUUUCUCACGAUUAGCAUGCUUAUCCGUAAAACGUUAUCACGGUAAGUGGUUUGAACUGGGAAAGAUUGUGACAUAAAUCUAACUAACGAAUGAAGAACCGAGGGGUAUAUUGGCGGCUACGAAUAAGUCAACUUUUCCAUUGAGUUUGCACUUUUGUCGUGCACUUUCGUCGUGUUAACCGGCCAGGCCGCGGGAAGUAUUACAAGAAAGAAGACCGUAAAUAUUUACGCAGCUUUCAGUCUUUAAAACCCGAAAAAAUGAGUGAAUUUCUCGGGUAGCAUUUUCGUGUAUAUUGUAAGCUUUCCUCACUUAGUUUCGUCUUCAGGCUUCUUCCUUUCUUCCGUCCUUCCUUUUUAAAAACGGUGACGUCAAACGUCAUUUGCUCUCUAUUACAGCCCCCUCUCGGCCAACGUUUGCGCAUGCACAAUUUUAAUGGAUUUUGCUGUAAGAAAAUUAAAUCAGUGUAAUGUGAACAAGAGUUGACUUAUGAUAGAUUUGAGUUCAUUAAUAUCAGUAAGUAUUACGAUAUUAAAAAGAUUAUUCUAGUUGUCCAUGGCGACGAAUUCAAACUGAUUGGUGCUUUUGUGAUACGCAAGCGCAUUACCUCAAACUAUCGUUUUCGUAAAGUGGGUUGGAAACCCUGAUUACCAUCCGUAUAUUUAUAUUUAUCAAUAUUUCACUUUGUCGUCAAUGAAAAGCAUCGCUUCUAUCUGGUUUUUUGACACAGUGACAUUUCAAAACAUUUAAUAUUAAACAUUUUCUUUUCAAGAAGUCUUUUCAUGUUUUGACAGCUCGAAUCCGGGAUUUUGACAUGUAAAUUGCAGGCAGAUACUAGUCAAAUACGUUGGAAUAUGUUAAAUAAAUCCCCAUUAGAAAAGAUUCAAAGAUUUUUUAUUCAAUUGAUCUUUUUUUUUUCGACUCGAAGAAGUUGUCGCUGGGAUCAACACCGAUUACCGCUUCGAAAUGAAGAUACCAUCUUGACACUUCGAAAGCGAAGCUUUUGAGGUAUUUUUCCAUAAAGGUGAAAGCUUUUCAAGCAGCCGACAAUUUCCAUUUUCAUCCAGCUGGUUUCAGCCGUGUCGACAUAUACUAUCACUUGCUGUAUAAUUGACACGUGCGUCAUACAUGUAAAAUCAUCAACUAAGCAGCGAAUUACAUCCAUUACAAGCCGUCAACAUUUGUCUUUUCUGUCCUCGGUCUCCCACCGUUGUAUGUUAACAUCAGGAUUAGCGUCCUGUGAUCUCUCUAUCGAAUCCUGUGUUUUUUCCUUACGUUUGGCUCGACUUUCGACUGAAAUCAGUUGCCAUGUUGGGAAGAUUGAAGUAAGUUUUAUUCAUUCUAUCUUUUAGCCUUAAUUUGCGUUUAAUUUCCUUAACUUUUCGUUGCGUUGCAUAGAGGAGAAUAUAAGAGGCUUGUUGUCGGACUGGUUUCGAGAGAUCAGUGACAGUGACCACAAUAUUGGAAGCUGAAAUGGAGGCCGUUCUCAGCUAGUUGUUUUUAUUUGACACCUUUAAAGCGGUGGAAUCGAGCACGACUUAAAGAAAAUAUUACAAAACAAUCGAAUGACGAACAAUUUGCCAAAAUCAUCGGCAAUAAAUGCAAAUCCUCAAGAUGAAACCAAGUGAUAUGUCAGCCAGGUCUUGUUUUGAAUAUAUUAGCAAUUUUCAACACAAACCUUGAAAAGUAAAUCAAGGAAUCCACAGAAUUAUACAGAAACCUACAUAAUGUAUUUCGUUCGAGGUUAAGAAAGGCGCUCAAUUUAUUACGCUACUCCCGCGAUGUCAAAAUUGCUUUUUUGCCUUAUUGUGGCAAAACUAGAUUACGAGGAAGUGUUUUGAAUCCAUCCAUAUUUGUUGAACAAAUUAGUAAUAUGUUCCGCUUUCGGAGGAGCAUGCUCUACCAGGGAACCUGAGGUGCAGCGAAUUUUAGCAGAUAACCCGGAUAUUUCAACUUAUUUACAAGCGAAAAUUUCCAUUCAAUAUUACUUUUUCGUCUGUUAGGAGAUCUCAUAAAUGCUAGACAAAAAUAAGAAUAAAUACAAAUAAAAAAUUAAAACAGAUUAUCCACGAGCUAUAUUUUUGCAAUAUUCAUUACCUGUUUAAGAAGCGUCGUGGGCAGGCAGUGGCCCAAAUUAUGGAGCUGCUAAGAUUUGAGAGCCAUUGUGAAAUUUUUUAUUUCGGCUUUUUUCAGCGGCACAGACACUAUUUCUUAAAAAUCCCAUACGCUGUGUUCUAAAACUAGAUUACCAUUUCACUUAGCUGCAGAUUUUAUUUCAUCAAUGGAAAUUGCGAACGGUCCCUCAUCGUGGAAAGCACAAGAUAUGAAUAAUUUAGUCAGUAAACAUGACAAUAUUUCCUCCCCUUCCCUCCCCUCCCUUCUGAGUGUCGAUAUCAGUGUCAAGUUUCCUUGGAGUUGCUAGUCAGAACAUUUUCGUCUGAGGUGAAACGGAAACUGGCGGUGUAGCUCUUUUUCGACCUCGACGAUGUCCUCGGAUAACAAAAGACCGCCUCUGGUCAAGACAGAGAAGUAAGAUCUAAAUAUCAUUGUAGUAGUUCGCACUUCGUUCGCGAUGUGGUAUCGCCUUGAGCUGGAAUUGUAUUCGCUUUGCAAAUUUCAUGCACUGCUGUCAUCGAUGUAAUCCAGCUUGUUCGGUGUCGCUUUUAAACAUUGGUUGAAAUUUUUAAUGAUCUUUUUCCACUGUGUUUUAUUAACACGCGUUUAAUUCUUUCAUACGAGAACUCCUAUCUUGAAAUCAUGUUCGCAAGUCGCCAAAUCGCCGUAAUGUUCUCUGAUCGAAUGUUCUUUUAAAUUUUUUUCUGAGUUGCGUUUUCGAAUGUCGACGGUGGUCAAUAUUCGCUCGAUAGUUCUAUUUGACCUCGACGCUUUCCAAAGUUUUAUUGUGUAGCUCAUCCGGCUGUAUCUCUUGAAUCAAUACCAUGAAUUUUAUCGCCAAAAGGUACGUUGUGGUAUUUAUUUAUCCGGUGCAGGCGAAUGGAUUUGAUCGUAGUUAGCUUUUCGCUACAAGCGUUAGCGCAAGAGUACACGAUCGCCUGGAACUCAUCACCGACAGCACCGUCGGCAAGUUGCGGUUUCAUUUAAUUUGCUUUUCUGAUUUCAAGAUGGCGAAACGAUUGAAUAAUUGCCUGCUGAAUUGGGAAUUCAAAUUUUUACUUUGAAAUGCAAAAAAGUUACGCGGUUUUUAUCUGUAUUGUUCUGUUCAUGACAAGCAAAAUAUGUGUGAAUGUACAUUGUAUCAUGUUGAGGUGAUGUAGUUUCAAUUCGUUUACAUGGUUUUGAAGAUUCAGUUGAUAUUCGCGGAAUCAGAGCACUGCCUUAGGCGGACUGCCAAACCGGAAAAGCAAAAUAAACUUCGCAUUUAUCUCGCUCAGAGGAAACUGAAAUUGAAAUAGUGCGUAUUUUUACCGAAGGAACAGUAUCUCCAAUUUCAAAGCUGUCUAUUCUCGUGUUAUUAUUGUUUGUUCAUCAACAGGCGCAGUUUUGACGAUGCACAGAGUCGCUUAAAAUGCAGGAAGCUUCUUGGAAUCGGAGGGAAGGAACCGAGUAAGGUCUGUAUUCACAAAACAUUGUAAAUUUGUCGUUCAAUCCUAUUCUUUAACCCAACAUUCGCGUUAAGACCGAACAUCGUGUUUUGCACAAGUCCAGUACUCAUUACGAUAUUCAUUUGUCAAGCUGUAAAUUUUUGACAGAGAGUUUCCUUUUGUAAUUACUUUGAGAACAUCGUUAUCAACGUGGAGAAAAUUUCCUAAGCUUGUUCAAUAAACAAAUCCACGGGCGGCGUGCGUUUGCCUCGAUUGAGAAUCUUUGAAAUAAAUUGACGUUUUUGUUAUCAAUUUUUUUUUCGCUGUGAAUGCCAAGGUUUGACAGUGGUCAUAACUAUGACAAUUACUUCCCAAAUGUUAUUUCUGUAAUAUCAUAGAAUUUAUCCAAGUUUUUAUAAUGCGUUUAUUUUUUUAAUGUGUAAAAUGUUCCUUCGCGCGCUGUCUUCGACCAUAUAAACGGCAGCUGUAUAAAGGAAAAUGUACAAAAACGCUUAGUCUUUCAGAUUGUACUUUACUGAAUUGUUUCUGAUGCUAUAGCUAAAUAAUAGGAACAGUGCCGUUUCUUUUUUGCGUCUUCGUAAGUUCCCGGGAGGUGUCUAAGGGCCUUUUAUUAUUAUCCUGAAAUGAAUAGCGCUCUAGGCACUGCCUCCGUAACAAGGAAACCCUUAGCAAGAAACGCCGUCUGAAUGUUUUAUUACGGAAUUAGUUUCUUGUUGUACUUUGGAGAGCAUUUGACAAGUACGUCGAUUACUCGUUGCAAAUCUCAUAAUGUACAUUGGUAAAUCAACGAGAAAUUAAUUUAAAAUUCUAAUAGCAAGUUCGGCAGAACUAACUUUUUUCGAGGGAAAUAGAAAGUCCAUAUUUAAUUUUAAAGGAUAUUUUUUAAAAUCAAAAUCGUGCGUUCAUGAAUUAUUAAGAUAGGUAUGAGGUUGUUAAGAAAUUUAUCAUGUAGUGUUCAUGACAAGCUAUGUUUGAAUACACGGAGAAUUUCCUUCGACAUUUUGAAUAACUUUUCUUGUUUUUAUUCUUUUAAGCGAAUUAAUUCUUUUCUUUUAUAAAUUUCCAUCUUAAAUUUUACAUCUUGAAGAUUUUACCGUUCCAUUCGUUUUCACACAGUUUAAGAUGUUUCGUCGGCAGUUUAUUAUGAAGAGGCGAAAAUGUUCUGUGAAAAUGGAUUAUGAAAAUUCACUCUCAUUGAAUAAUUUUUUAGGAAAACAUUGAUUAAAACGCUAUUUUGUCGUCCAUGCCUUUUAUUGCUUGACGAUAAUACAAUUUGUUUUGGUUUUACACCGGAUUUCACGCGUUUUUCUUCUGUAUUUUAGAUUUCAGUGUGUUUAAACUGAUGCCCGACUGAAAAAGCUUGAAAUAAAAUUCGCAUUAGUGACAUUCGAUUUUAAAAUGGCGUUUGGUCCCUUGAAAGCGCUCAAGUGUGAAUUUUCGAAAGCUUUCUAAAGCCUUUUACUGAAAAGUACAUUUAGUUUAUAUGUUUUUCUCAAACAAACGGCACUUUUUCAUGACAGUUUUUGUUUACAUUUCAUUCACUUGAGGCGAAAAAUUUGUCUCGUUGCCCUGUGUUUACUCGGCAGCCGCUGAACCUACAUAUUCGUUGUGCAUUUCGAAACUGACAGAGCGAACGUGUUUAUGGUAUGUCGCUUUUCGCUAGGAACGAUGCGAUAUUUGAGCACUGAAUACGCGUUUUUCAGCACCAAACAUCCCAACGGAAGGAAAGGAAGUAAACAAGGACCUGUGCAAUUUGUUCAACUCAGCACAAAUGUAAAAGCAAAUCACGAGAAAAGUUCUUUUUACUUCUCCGUUGAUUUCCUCACCGACAGCUUUUUGUCCUGUGUGCCCCAUUAAGUUUUCCUUCUUUCCUGUUUUACACAGCUAACAACGACUGCUAUAACUCGACAACCUACAGAUUUUUCAAUUUAAAAACCCACCACUCUGAGUUUUUUCCUGUUAAUGUCACUUUGUCUUCCUUGUUUGAUAUUUUUAGAGGAAAUGUGUUCUCGGAUUUUGUUUGUAUUAAGAGAAAGUCUGAUUUCAUUGGCCUUUGUUACAAUUUUUUUUCUUUAAGAGGUUUUUCUAGUCGACCAUUCUUUCUGAAUUUUAGUCGGUGAUGAAUUAUCGCUUUUCAGCCUUAGAAGCAUUUCUUAUAAUCAUUGUUUUUAAUCGGACUCGGAAAGUCUUAUUGUUUUUAAAGGUAGAUGUGAAAGUCACUCAGUACAUAUCAAGUCACGUCGAAAUAAAACUUGUUUUGUGUCACGGACACUUCCGGAACACGUGACACCGUACACGAGAGAGCUAAUGACGCGUGUGACCCUGGCUUGUGAUCCAUUCAAAUCGCAUGUGCUUAGACCUCUUGCGAAACCUGAAUUUACCCCUGGUUUAAGUUUACGUAGCAAACAGAUAUAUCAACAUACUUAUGUUAAAAGUGAUUGAAGGAAUACUUUAGGAUAAGCCCUUUAUAUGAUAAGCUGAGUAAUCAUCUCUUAGUAAUCAGACGGAUAAUAAUCCGGGAUUGUUUUGUUUUUUGCUUUACUUCGCUCUGUGAUUGGUUUAGAGAACUCGCGUUACUCUCAUGAUCAAUCAGUUGAAGUAUUAAACACAUUACGACUUGGUCGCUUGCAUUUUCCCGCGCUUUGGGCAUUUUGGUCGGUUUUAAUUUAAGGUCUAAUUGGCUCCUAAAUGUAUUUUCCUUUCUUCUUUUUGGUCGAUCUGAUAACUUUGGUUUUAGCUUUAUGACGCUUAAUCGGAAAGCGCUUUAUCUCUUCUUGAAACAUUAGCAGCGAGCUCUAACUGCCGUCUGUUUGUCUUGUAGGUUCUUCAGGUCCUUGGCAGCCAUGAGUCAUACUUCAUAAUUAUACCGAGAGGAUACGAGUAAGUUGUUUUUUGUCAGUUGCUGUUUUUUUUCCUUACUCCGUGUGUCUGUGAUGCCCGAGGAACGCGCAACGACGUAACAGAGACCAUUCGCUUCUUUCAGUUUAGUAUGCUUUUUUUUUUCUCUUUUAUUCCAGAACAUGGCAAGUGGUGGUACCAGCCUUCCUCUCUGUAGUAUCAAUUAUGGUACGUGAUCAGAAAGAGUUCGUUAGACUGCGCACAGCAUAUGCAUGUUAUAUAACAAACGCCUUACCUACUACACGGUGAACGAAUUUUACACAACGCGUAAUUUUAGGGUAUAUUUUGAGGCGUCUCUGAAAGCUAGACGGGCACUGUUGUAAAUGGCACAUAACGCUUCGAGGUGAUUCAGUACAAUUUAGUGGACAGUACGUGCAUGUUACUUUACAAACGCCUAACUUAUUACCCGACGACCGAGUUUUGGACAGCGCGUAAUUUUAGCGCAUACUUUGAGGCGUCGCUUAAAUUUAGGCGGAUAAUGAUUUUAGUGAAGAAAAUAUUGCAGGUUGCUUGUAUUCUAUAGUCGACAGUAUGUGCAUGUUGCAUAACAAAUGCCUAACCUACGAGGAACAAAUUUUAAACAUCGUACAAUUUCAGUGCUUCCCUGAGGCGUCGCUGAAAGAUAGGCGAGAACUGUUUCAGGUGGCACAGGAAAUUUUUAAGGGCGCUAGUAUAUUGUAGUCGACGACAUUUAUUUUAGGUAGUAGGUAUUGAUAUUGAUUAAUACAUCUUUUUCGUCUUUUUUUCAGUUGAUGAUAUUUCCAAGCUAUUGUUUACGUGCUCUGGGCGAUGGUAAAGAAUCUACUAGUUUCGCCGGUGCUCUAAGUUGUCGACUGCUGGCAAGCGCUUUGAUAGGUUGGUGAACCACUACCCUUAAAUUAUUUCGUUGAUGAUGGCUGAAGGUAAAGUCUGUACUCGAGCUAAGUGAUCCAUUCAACCGUAGCUUAUCCUGGUUACCAUUCCAUGAGGCAGGCGGACUAGGAGUAUCACUGCUCCCCCCUGGAUGGGAUGAUAGUCCAUCUCAAGCUUACCCCCCAGCAUUUCAUCAGACUACCCUGACAAUUUGCCCGUACCCAUUUAAUCUCCUGUGAAAGAAAACUGUUUUACCCGAGAACACAACACAAUGACCCGGCCAGGGAUAAUGAUAAUGAUGAUGAUAAAGAAGGAAAAAAUGGAACUUUUGAUAACGAUGAUAAGGGGGCUGGAAAUGGUUUUAACUAUAAAACGAAGCGCUACAACUCACAGGAUAAAUAAUCAGGAAUUAAGCUAAACUAGGACACAUAAUCUUUUCCUUUUCUUGUUUUUGUGUUUGAGGAGGCAGUCAAACGAGUUUUGGCUAAAUACAUUUAUCCUCAGAGGUUUUCUUAGCAAACCCCUAAGAAUAAUUACCUGUUUAAUGAAAUCAUCGUCUUUUUGUUGUUUUAGGGAUCGCUGGUAUAUCAUGGGGAACAAAGCCUAUAACUAUAUCUUCCAUAAAGUAAGUUUCGAUUUCAUAGUAAGUCACUUAUUGGAGAGCGCAGGUCAGGGUAAUAAACCGUCAAGUGAUAGUUUGUCCUUCUCGGAAAAAUUGGACGCUGGAAGCGGGGGAGGGGGAGGGGUGGGGAUGCGGAAGGAGUAAUAUUCCUUUCCCCCUUUUACCCACCCGGACAAACUCCAGUUGGAAUGUAUUCCCCCCGAAAUUUCUUUCUUUUAACUCAAGAUGGAGGCCUCUCAUUUCCCGAAGACAUUCGUCGCAAUCAUGUAGCUGUUGCCGAAGGUGCGCCUAGCAGUUUACCUGGAACCAAAACGGCGACUCUGAAAGGCGUGUUUGUGACGCGCUUUAAACUCAACCAAUCAUUUGAAAAGCCCUUGCUACAGCAUGUUUAACUAAACACUACAAAGGACCUUUAGCAAGUCCCUGGCAAAUCAAACUUUCUCUCAACUUUCGGUCGCAGUUCGCCUCUCCCGCGCUACCCUUGUUCCUUCUGAAAGUUUUCGUUACCCUCACGGGCCUUAGGCUAACGACUGCUAAAGGUCAUGCCAGUCUCUGCAUCAUGAAGUGACUAGGAGAACUGCUCCUUCUCCCUCCCCUAAAGGGGAUGCUAUUCCAUCGCUGGCUACCACCCCUUCCACAGCAUUUCUUCAUAUUUUCCUCACUUGUGGCCGCUGUUUAUUUGUUCUUCUCGGUCAGGAGAGAGACACGGGAGAGAUAAUUUUAUCUUAAAAUCUUGGUCAUAGCUCAAAUCUGAAUCAAUCCAGAGCUGUUAAUCAGGAAGUAAGGUCUCCCACGCCUACUAGUAAAUGGUUGACCUCUGAUUCAAAUGUUUUCUUCUCCAUAGGCGUAUUUUAUUACUCCACUCUACGUACUGCGGGGCAGCAACGUUGUGUAAGUAGUGUGUUAGUUAUUUCUAUGACUGUUCUUUAAUCAAGUGAUAGUUAGGUCGUAAGAUGAGACAACAAAGCGCCGCACCGAUCAGGACUCGAGGCACACCUACAUCUGCCCCCUAAGCAAAAACACGAGUUUGCCAAACUGCUCAGGUGUAGAGGUAACGAAGCGAACCUUGCGUAAGAUGACCGCUUAAAAAAAGGAACGCUUGCUCGCAGGUUCAGCCCUGGGAAAGUAAUGAAGGUAUCAGUGGGUCCGCCGGAAAAUUUCUCCCCCCCCCCCCCCGUUUCCGCCUUAAUUUUGUCGAGAAAUAAAAGCAUUUAUUAAAAAACGAUGUUUAGCAUUCGUUAUGGACGUGCAAAGAAAAGAAAUACUUAAGUCGCACGUAAAGAUUCAAAUUACAGUCUUCCUGGAUUAUUUAUGACAACAAAACAAUCUAUCUUGCCCUCAAAUGCAAGUGAGACAGUCAUAAGAGGGUAGAACGUUUUCGUUAAAGCUCAGAACAGAAUGGUAAAUCAACAGGUUACCAGUUCCUGAAUAAACUUUGUGUUCGAAGAAGUCUCCAAUUUUUCCUACUUUUAUUUCUUUUUACAGAUUCUACAAAUGUUUUAAUAUUCUACAGCUUAUUUUGCGAGACAUCGGUUGUCUUUUAUGUUUCGAAAUUUUGCGCGGAAAAUUGGCGCGCAGCCGGCCAGAAUGAAUCCCCUCGCGCAUGCCAGACGCUUUAACCCGUGUGUCUGCGCCAGCAGUGCAUUUUACCGGAGAUUACAAUAAUGCGCCAUCAGCGCGGGGGAAAAUUUCCAAGAAUUUGAUUUCUUCAUUUCUUUCCGCAGUUUUGGCCGUGGCAUGCAUCUCUCUCCGCACCAGAUUCCUCAUCGCGUUGACCGCUAUCCACGCUAUCGUUGCUGCGGUCAGUUUAUUCUACUUUGUAGCCGUGCGCAAGUUAAACAAACCCACUCCAGAGAAGCCCAAUGCUAAGAACGGCUUCGAUGAGAAUCACAUCAACUGAUGUUUGUCUGCAUUGACGUGGAGUUUACAACCCUUCUGUGGAAGGUAGCAAGCUGUCUACAUUGCGCUGGUUGUCUCUUAAAGAGCCAUCCCAUACCGGCAGAACAGUGCCUUCUUUUGACGAAGCCGCGCGUUUUAGUGAUGAAAUAAUCUCUCGUGCCAGAUGGGUAAACUUAAGACAAACGGUAAUGUUCCCUAAUAAAGACAAGAGUCGUUAAAGGCUUGUUAUAUAUCUUGGAUAGCUUAUUUUCCUGCCUUACCCCCUCCCCCUCGCAUUUGAAUUUGUCUAGUGUACGCUAUCAAGCGCGAUAGAAAAGGUUGCGUUGUGUUGUUCAUGUUGACAAGUCUCAGAGUAAUUUUUUAGACAAGGUAAAAAUUAGUAUAAGAAAAUUAAUGUAAAAGGCGCGAGGUUUAUCGAAACGAAAAUUGUCUAGGUUGAGGUAUAGGGUCGUUGUUAUAUUGACUGGAGUCGUGACACUCUUUGUUUGAUAAAGUAAGGUAUAUGUUGCGCAGAGUUAUUUUGUUACAGGCAUUUUCCGUUGACUUGAGUACCCGUUUUCUUUUCUAUCUUAAUAGUUUUAUUUGUAAAUAGUUUUUUAAUUUGUUUUACGUUAGUUUUCUACCAAAUGCUCGAGUCAGCGAUAUGUUUUCGGUUCCAAUAUUUAAAAAAAAAAAAAACCUACGGGGUAUUUUUGGACACAUUAUCCUUGCGAACUGAUUUGGACUUUGAGAAUCUAGAUCAGGUGAAAUGAAAAUUGAUAAACUUGCUGAAUAAAACGCAAAUCUACGUUUGAAGGAAAACAGGUGGAGACUACUUAGACGGCUAAAAUGAUGAAAUUGAAUAUUUCCCGAAGAAAAUUGUGAGUUUUUCGACCGAAAUGAUGCCCAUAAUUAUGGUAGACGUGUAAAUACUUGUAGGAGACGGCUUCGUUCGCAGGGAAAACGCCGGUUGCGAUUGGUGUUGAAGGUGAUGUUACUCGAGACGAUUUUUAAUCCCUCUUUGUCCGCAUCGUUUUAGCUCGGGCUCCAACGCGCCAUUUAGUCAAUCUUCACCAGAGGUGAUUGGCCGUGAGAUUGACGCGAGAUUCCUGACCAAUCAUGCAAGGCAGUUUUAAUGCUCGGUCAAAAUGAAUACGAUAGGAUUUGUUGUAUAGUCAACCAUUUACACCCUCGCAUCAGGUGGCAUAUUCUCCAUAUUGUUCUGUUUACCUUUCCUGUAGUUCAAUCAAGAGUCUUUAGUUGACGACGGUUCAUUUUUUUUAUUCUCAUGAUGUUGAUUCUUGAUUCAGCAGUGAUACUUUAGGAGAAGUUAGAUGCUAGACGCUUUGAGGGUUUAAAGAAUUAAGUUUGUUAUUGUUACUUAAUGUGCCUAGUCUUGUCUAUCGAUCAAGAUGCGAGGGAAUGUUACAAUAUGACAUCAUGGUGAUUUGUAAAACGGUAAACGGCUUGAACUUCAGAGUAACAGUUGAUUCUGUAUUCUGCUCGUCCGUGUGAGGGCCGUGCUAAAAGGGGCGGUUACCUCAGAGGAAGUCAUCGUCAUCACAAACAACAACUUCCGCACGAGUUGAAGAAACGUCAGGUCACAGAAGACGUCAAAAUAAGGUUAGAAACAUGCACUUCGUGUGUCACCGAUUUUUUUACCACAUUUUGAAGUCUUCUGUGAUCUACUACAGAACAGACCCGCGGCAACAUAGAAUCUAUUUGUUUUUGUAUUAUAAAGAAGCAAAAUGUUGCUUAUUGUGGUGUCAUCUUUGUCUUUCCUCCAAUAGAUCAUAAGUAUGAACCACUCAGAAUACGUGUAGACCUCAGCUUGUCGUAGAACCGUUUCUAGAUUACCCUUACGUGCACGAUCAGGUUACGCGCUCAUAAUUUGAACACUCCACUAGUUGUUAUGUGAUCAGAAAGGUAAAUUAGACUUUUAACGAAUUCACUUUUCGUGGAGGGACAGAAACGCUGUCAUUGUACCUGUUUUAGAUUUUGGAACUGUUUGUAUACUCUCUUUCUAGUGUAGAAUGUUGUAAAUGUAAACAUAACGAAACCAUCUUGAACAUUGUACAUUGUAAGCACAAAUACUUCUUGAAAGUCAUAAAUAAAAAUUUUGCAAACUCGAU